AUGGUUUCUUUCAUUGCCACCGCCCUCUCUGCUCUCUGCCUGGCCGUCGCCAGCUCUGCUGCUCCCACUGAGGCUGAAGCCCACGCAGCUUCUGCUCACAGCGGCUCCGUCACCUGGUAUAAUACCGGCCUCGGCGCCUGCGGCAACGUCAACAACGACGGCGAGCUCGUCGUCGCGGUCUCUCACUCUCUUUACGACCGCGAGCAUCCAUGUGGCCGCAAGAUCCGCGUCGGCUACCACGACCGGUCUGCAGUCGUCACUGUCGUCGACCGCUGCGCGGGGUGCGCCGAGAACGACCUUGACCUCUCGCCUGCUGCUUUCCGAGCCGCAAUUGGCGAGCUUGAUAUCGGUCGUAUUACUGCUACUUGGGACUGGGCUUGA